AUGGAGGAAUUGGAGGAACCGGCGGACCGAGGGCAGUCACUACCCCCGGUUUACAUCUAUAGUCCCGAGUAUGUUAACAUGUGUGACUCCAUGGUCAAAGUCCCCAAACGGGCCAGUAUGGUACAUUCUCUGAUUGAAGCAUACGCACUGCAUAAGCAAAUGAGGAUUAUUAAACCCAAAGUGGCCUCCAUGGAAGAGAUGGCCACCUUCCAUACUGAUGCCUAUCUGCAACAUCUCCAGAAGGUCAGCCAGGAAGGAGAUGAUGAUCAUCCAGACUCUAUAGAAUAUGGGCUAGGUUAUGACUGCCCAGCCACUGAAGGGAUAUUUGACUAUGCAGCAGCUGUAGGAGGGGCUACAAUUACAGCUGCCCAAUGUCUGAUUGAUGGAAAGUGCAAAGUAGCAAUUAACUGGUCUGGAGGGUGGCAUCAUGCAAAAAAGUAA